AUGGGGACGAAGAAGAGCACGGUGGCGCUGGCUCUCCUCGUCCUCGCGCAGUCGUCGCUGCCCCCGGCGUGCCUCGCCGUGACGUCGCCGUACGUGCGCCCGAGGCCCAGGGCGACGCUCUCAUUGCGCCGGGACGCCGACGCCGGCGGCCAGACGCCGCAGCAGGUGCAUGUGUCGGCUGUGGGCCCUGACAAGAUGAGGGUGACAUGGAUCACCGACGACGACGCACCGGCGACGGUGGACUAUGGCACGGCUUCAGGCCAGUACCCCUUCUCCGCCACCGGAACCACCACCGAUUACUCCUACCUCUUGUACCACUCGGGGAACAUCCACGACGCGGUCGUCGGCCCACUCAAACCCAGCACCACGUACUACUACCGCUGCAGCUCCGACCCGUCGCGGGAGUUCUCCUUCCGAACGCCCCCGUCAGGCCUACCCUUCACCUUCGUCAUCGCUGGCGACCUGGGCCAGACGGAGUGGACCAACUCGACGCUGCAGCACAUCGCCGCCGCCGACUACGACAUGCUGCUCCUCCCCGGCGACCUGUCGUACGCCGACCUGGACCAGCCGCGCUGGGACUCGUACGGCCGCCUCGUGGAGCCCCUGGCGAGCGCGCGGCCCUGGAUGGUGACCGAGGGCAACCACGAGGUGGAGAAGAUCCCCCUCGUCGAGCGCCACCCCUUCAAGGCCUACAACGCGCGGUGGCGCAUGCCGUACGACGCCGGCGCCUCGCCCUCGGGGUCCAACCUCUACUACUCCUUCGACGUGGCCGGCGGCGCCGUGCACGUCGUCAUGCUGGGCUCGUACACCGACUACGAGGCCGGCACGGCGCAGCACAGGUGGCUGCAGGGCGACCUCGCCGGGGUCGACCGCGGCAAGACGUCGUUCGUGGUGGCGCUGGUCCACGCGCCGUGGUACAACAGCAACAAGGCGCACCAGGGGGAGGGCGACGGCAUGCGCGACGCCAUGGAGGCGCUGCUCUUCGGCACCCGCGUGGACGCGGUGUUCGCCGGGCACGUGCACGCGUACGAGAGGUUCGCGCGCGUGUACGGCGACAAGGAGGACGAGUGCGGGCCGGUGUACGUGACCAUCGGAGACGGCGGCAACCGGGAAGGGCUGGCGGAGAAGUACAUCGACCCGCAGCCCAAGACGUCCGUGUUCCGGGAGGCCAGCUUCGGGCAUGGCAGGCUGCAGGUGGUGAACGUGACGCACGCCCUGUGGACGUGGCACCGGAACGAGGACGACGAGCCCGUGGUGGCUGACCAGGCUUGGAUCACCAGUCUCGCAUCCAACCCGGCCUGUAAAAAAUGA